AUGAGCGGACACGACACCGCUCUCAUGGUCGCCAGAGUGCUAACUACUAUUACUACCAUCAUGCUGCGAAUUUCGCUCCUACCAGACUUCAAUCGGUGGCGAAAAAAGCGGAACACGGGAGAUAUGUCCGUGAUGCCGUGUGUCUUACUCCACACUAAUUGCUAUGCGUUGCUGUUCUACGCAUACGCCAUCGACGAAAUGGUCCCGUUAUUUGCAACGUCAGUGCUAGGUGUUCUCGUCGGAGGAACCCUCGCCUACUAUUUCUAUCGGUGGACGGACUACAAGCGUGCAACCAUGAAAAUCUUUAUUGCAUCCUUUGUGGUCUGUGUAGCAGUAACGAUCUACGGGACCCUAGCCAUAGCUGGUAGAACGGGUCAAUCGCGAGAUGCAGUCAAGACAACUCUAGGCUUUAUCACUGUUGCGACAACUAUCGUUCUGUACGCGUCGCCAAUGGCCACUAUCGUAAAUGUCAUACGUACUAAGACGGCUUCGUCGAUGCCGUUCACAAUGGGGCUUGUCCUAUUGUUUAACAGUUUUUGCUGGGGAUUCUAUGGUGGGUUGUUGGGCAACGCAUUCAUCAUGGCUCCCAAUAUUGCUGGAUUUACACUUGGUCUAGUUCAGCUGAGUCUCACCUUUAUAUUUCCCAACGAUACGCCAAAGGAUAUUCCAGUCGUCACAUGUCGGAAUGCACAAGCUCGUUCUGUCGUGCUUCUGUCGCCACUUCAAGACGGCGAAUGUGACAGACACCUCAGCUCAGUAGAUAGCCGGGAAUAUGUCGCAGUACUUUCUCCUAGACAAGAUAAUGUAUAG